AGGAAAGCCGGUAGAUGAGAAAAACGUCAAACCUGAUGUCAGUGCAGAAAUGAUCAAGGCAACUGUAUCAUCUGACUCAUCAUGCAGUGACAUGGGUGAACCUUCAAUCAAUAAAGACGCAAGAGAAACACACAUGGAUAAAGGAAAGCCGGUAGAUGAGAACAACGUCAAACCUGAUGUCAGUGCAGAAAUGAUCAAGGCAACUGUAUCAUCUGACUCAUCAUGCAGUGACAUGGGUGAACCUUCAAUCAAUAAAGACGCAAGAGAAACACACAUGGAUAAAGGAAAGCCGGUAGAUGAGAACAACGUCAAACCUGAUGUCAGUGCAGAAAUGAUCAAGGCAACUGUAUCAUCUGACUCAUCAUGCAGUGACAUGGGUGAACCUUCAAUCAAUAAAGACGCAAGAGAAACACACAUGGCACCUGCAGAAGAGCUUAGAACAGAAACAAAGAAACCAGAUCAAACAGAAACCGAAAAAGAAAUGAUUACAGGCUUAAAAAUACUAUUUGACAGACUUCAUCUUAAAGGCAACAAGGAUCAUAAACUGAAAGCUGCAGAUUUUCUUCAGAUAAGUAAACAUUCAUUACAGUCCAAUGAGUCUUGUGCUGAAGAGGAGUUGAUUCAAACGUUCAUACAAAAACUACUGAUGAUGGACUACAGAGCAAGAUACAUUACUGUUAGAGAUCCCAAUGAACAAGAUCUGAUACAAGAAAGACAUGGUGCCUCAUCUGAAUGUGACAUUUUCGAAGAAAUGUUUUUGUCUAAUGAAGAAACAAGUCAAUCUGGGAAAAUUCACUCGAUGGAUGUUCAGAUGGCUGUGUUUCACUGUGCUGAUGGUUUCCUGAAGCAGCUGAUGGUCACUAAACUGUCCCAGUGUCAGUACGCUCUGCCUCUGCUUGUUCCUGAUCCAUUCACACAACGGAUUGAGUUUCCUCUCUGGACAUUCAGACAAAUUCACAAGAGCUGGAAGAUCAGAAACACCAACAAUGAAAUCAUCAGUCAAACCCAGCCUAUCUACAAGGCAGAGACUCCAAUGGUGUUUUUCUUCAGGUUUGGCUCUGUGUCUUCAUCCAAGUCUCAGCUGAUGAACAGUCUGAUCAAUGAGAAACACAACACAUUCUUCCACAGGAACUGUCCAGGCAGCAGCAGAACCAGAGUCCUGAUGGAUGGAGUGGUGGAGAUCGCCUGGUUCUGCCCUUCUGGAACAAAUGAUGAUAAAUUCACUGACUGCACUGCAUUCUGUAAUCUACAUGGAGAUGCAGGAGACCAUGAGAAACAGCUGCAGAUCUUCACUGAAAUGGCCGCAGUCAAUGUUGUUCUGCUACCACGACUUAAAAAGAAUGACAGAAGAAUGAUAAAAGUUCAAGAACUCUACAAGAACUCAAAGCCUCUUAUUUUUCUUCUUACUGAGAAUGCUUCAACUCUCAUUAAAACACAGAAAGGAAAAUACAAUAUUGGUCUGAAAGACAGAAAUCAGUCAGAUGUAUCUGAAGAACUCAGAAGAGCUAUAAAUGCUUGUCUCUCAGAUUCAUCUCACACUUUCAGACUUGAAGAUGUGUCCAAACACCCAGAUAUCGGAGUAGAUGCAGAAAAUGAUGAGGAUGACUGCAAGAGAGGAAAAGAAGCAGCACAGCACAUGAUUGAUUUACUGGAGAAGAAAGAUCUGACAGAAAUCAAAGAAUCAUUUCUGCCCCAUCAGGGCAAACUGUGGCAUCAGUGGAGUCAGAAGAACAAAGAACUACAUCGCCCUCAAGGAGAUGAUAUAGAAAUGGACACCAGUAGAAAACAAACAGAAAUUAAGAAACUCCGUCAACAGCAGCAGGAAUCAGACAUUAGUGAGUUUAUGAAGGUCUUUAUAGAAGAAAUUGACACAGAUGCUGCAAAUAAGAUUUUUUUCCCCAAAUGGCUCAGAAUCAUCCUGGAUGAAUAUACAUCAGGUGAUCUUUCUGCACUACAUCACAAGUAUAAUGAAAAGUGGUCAACAGUAUUACAACUGAAGGAGAAACAUGAUAAAUCUGAACAACUCAAAGCUGAACAAACCAAGCUUGAGAAAAUAUCUGAAGAACUUCAAAAUGCAACCUUUGGUUUGGAGCACAUCAUGAGGGAGAUUGGUCAGAUCUAUGAAUCAUGUUCAUCUGUGGGGGAGAACAAGAAAGACCUGAAAGACAUCUCUUCUCUCGCGAGUCUUGCAGCAGAAAUGAUGACCUCUGGAUUUCCAAUGGAGUUGAUGGAUGGAGAUGCUGCUCAUGUUCCUGUGAUCUGGAUCUCUGCUGUUCUUGAUCAACUCAUCCAGAAACUGGGAGACCAGAGAGUAUUUGUGCUGUCAGUUUUAGGGAUCCAGAGCUCUGGGAAAUCCACCAUGCUGAAUGCCAUGUUUGGACUUGAGUUUGCUGUCAGUGCUGGCAGGUGCACCAGAGGAGCUUUCAUGCAGCUGGUCAGAGUGUCAGACGAGAUGAAAAAACAGAUGAACAGUGGGUCAGACAAAAUGAAAACAGAUUCAAACAUUGACUACAUUCUGGUUGUCGAUACUGAGGGUCUCCGUGCUCUAGAACUGGCCGGAAGAACCACAAGACACCAUGACAAUGAACUGGCCACAUUUGUUGUCGGUCUUGGAAAUCUGACCUUGAUCAACAUCUUUGGAGAAAACCCAUCUGAGAUGCAGGACAUUCUUCAGAUUGUUGUUCAGGCCUUCCUGAGGAUGAAGAAGGUCAGACUGAAUCCCAGCUGUGUUUUUGUGCAUCAGAAUGUCUCAGACAUAACAGCUGGAGACAAAAACAUGGAGGGAAGGAGACGACUGCAGGAGACACUGGAUGAGAUGACUAAACUCGCUGCUAAAGAGGAAGUCUGUGAUGUUGAACGUUUCAGUGAUGUCAUUAGAUUUGAUGUUCAGAAAGAUGUGAAGUAUUUUGCUCAGCUCUGGGAGGGCAGUCCACCCAUGGCUCCACCAAACCCAAAAUACUGUGAGAACAUUCAAGACCUGAAGAAAACUAUCAUGUCUCAUGCCUCAAAAUCAGAAGGAACGAGACUGAAAGACUUCAAAGUUCGUAUUAAUGAUCUCUGGGAGGCUUUACUGAAUGAACGAUUCGUCUUCAGCUUUAGAAAUUCUCUGGAGAUUUCAGCCUACAGGAAACUGGAGACACAAUACAGCAAGUGGUCCUGGAGGCUUCGCAGCUCCAUGCUGGAAACUGAGAACAAACUACACAACCAAAUAGAAAAUGAAGCAAUUCACGAGGUUCAAGAAACUGAUCUUCACAAAGAGUUGAAGAAGACAAGUGAAGAAGUGAAAAAAUCUGUGGCAGAAUUCUUUGAGAAAGACGCAGAUGCAAAUAUACUGAUUCAGUGGAAAACAUCAUUCGACAUUAAAAUCAAAGAGCUACAGGAAAGCAUUGUAAGAGAAACAAAGAGGAAAUUAAAUGAAAUUCUUAAACAGCGAGACCUGAAGAAAGAGAUUGAGGCUCAGAGGACACAUCAUGAAAACACUCUCUUUGAAAAGAGCAAAGAACUCGCCUUAAAACGCAAAGACAAAGCAAAUGAUGAAGAAACACUAAAGAAAGAGUUUGGUUUGUUUUGGGACCAGUGGAUGAAGUUAAUCAGCAGAGACACUCCAACAAUCAGAGACAUUGACAUAAUGAGAGAUAUGAGAGAGAUCCUAGGUGACAUCUAUGAAAGUAUUAAUGCAGACCACCGGAAGGACAGCAGGGAUAUUUUAUUUGUGCAGAGUUAUUCAGAUUAUGUACAGUUAAAGAAAUCAAGCGAAUUUUUCUCAGAAGCCUUCAGAGUAGUUAAAAAUCUGCUGGGUUGCAGUCUCUCUAAGGAGGAUGAAGCCCAAAUAAGAUCAUUAGUCAAUGAUGUUGUUCUGCAGACAGACAAAAUGAUUCAGUCAUUUAACAUUUCAAAGAUGGGCUACAACAUUAGCUACAUUCAACAACUCAUAGAUUACAUCAAAGCAAGAGUACUUGAACAUGAGGAAGGACCAGUGAAAUAUGUGUUCAAGAAUGAAUUCUUCAUGGACUUGGUUCUUUCCAUCUGUAAGAGAGCAAAUGAGAUGAUCGCUGAGCAACACAAAAUGUUCAAAGAGGCCAAUGAUCCUGAAAUAUAUGUUAAGAAAAAGAGAGCAGAGUAUUUUAGUAUUUUUCUGAAAUACUGUCAUGGGGCAAAAUCAGCUGCCAUUUUUGGUGAGAUAAUUUGUCAAAAACUCAAAGAACCCAUUGAACAGAGUGUAUACAAGAAGACCGCCAGAGAGUUAGCAAAUGAUAUGAGAACAGACUGUCCAUCACUGAAUGGAAACAGGUCAAAUCUUGAGAAACACAUCCUUACAAAACUGGCAGAAGAGGAGAAUUUUAAAAAAUACAUGAACUACAUCAAAACUCCCAGAGAUCAUUUCAGUGGUUUCAUCAGAGAAGAAGUCAGUGACUUCAUCACUGAUAAGUUCAAUGAACGUGUUUUACCCAAGAAGAACAAGAACAUUAAACUCCUGCAGCAGAAGAUCAUAGAAGAAGCACAUGCAUCUACUGAACAUGUUCAAGAGAACAGAGCAGAUGCUGGUUUGUGGUUGAAGAGAUUCACACAGCAUCUCUCAGAUGAGCUGAUCUUCUCUGAAAAAGAUCUCAGUGGAGUCGCACAUGAUGAUGUUGAUGAUUUUAAAUUGCUAGAAGAUGUAAUAAAGAAAGAACUUCCUGCUAUAAUGAAAGACAUCAGCAGUAGAUUCAACAGAAAUAAUUUUCCAGAAAAACUGGACGCCAAUAUCAGGCCAGAUCAGCUUUUGAUUGAUGACUUAUGUCAGUGCUGUUGGGAUCAGUGUCCAUUCUGUGGAGCCAUCUGCACCAAUACCAUAGAAAACCAUGAUGAAGAUCACAGUGCUGUUUUCCAUGGAGUGAGAGGAGUAAAUGGGGCCAUAUUCAAGGAUACAAAAAACUUGUCUGUUUGGAUCUGCACAACAUCAGUGGCAAGCAGUGAUCGAUUUUUUUGUCCCAGUGAUGAAACAGUCCCAUACAAUGAAUACAGAACAGCAGGAGGAAAAUACGCUGAGUGGAGCAUCACCCCUGAUCUCUCCGAACUGCCCUACUGGAAGUGGUUUGUGUGCAACUUCAAGACAGAUCUUGAAAAAUACUACGAUAAGACAUUUGAUGGUAGUGGUGAGAUCCCACCUGAAUGGAAACAAUUCUCAAAAAAUGAUGCUAUAGAGAGUUUGAAAAAUAAAUACAACUAAUUUAACAAGUAAAGUAAUUUUGUUUAGGUCUAGACCUAUCAUAUGUGAUAUAGAGAACACAGAUUGAAAUGAUUUUGUUCCUGACUUGACUUCUGAAAUCCCUUAAACUUCAGAAUUAGAGCAUUGCUUUAGUCUCCUUUGCCUUGCCCAUUUCAAACGCAAAAACAUUGAAACAUAUCAUACUCAUGUUGACUAUGUAAGAGGCCAUUUUUUUUUUCUUUGUAGGAUGUCAGAACUCAGUUGCAGAUUUAAUCUUCAUAUGAAUGCAUAAACUGUAUCACAGUGCAAUGUAUCUCCAUGCAAUUCCUUACAGAUGUUACCAUGAUAAACAAGUAUUUUCCAAUUAGUGUUUUACUCAAUAAAUGUAAUCUGAUUACAGUAAUAUGAUAAUGCAUGUGUUACUGAGAUAAAAUAAAUUAUGUGUUACUCCCAACCCUGCAUGUGACACAGUUAAGUUCUGAAUAAAUGUAUGUUACUUCAA